GAAACUGUGUUUACAGCAACCCACCCCCCCACCUCCACCCCUUUCCCGUACAAGGCGACUGUUUUGUGACUGUGUACACUAUGGUGUGGGAGGUGGUGACCCCAGGUGUGCAGACUAGCGACACCGAGCAUAACAACGCUUGUGAAUCUGAAAGUACAGGAGUGAUGGUGGAUGUAGAUCAAUCCUAUGAGCUGCCCAGCUGUGAGGAACAAUUCCCGUCUUCACCCAGCUUCCCCACCAGUGACAGUUACAUGGAAUAUGAUGACCUCCCAGAUCUACAGGAGGUUCAGGAGGAGCUGGAGCCAAGGGCUACACCUGUUUACCAGGUGGAGGUGGGCGUAUCGCACCAGGAGCGACGCGCAAACACAGAAGCACACAGCCUGCAGCUUCCCGACACACACUGGCUGACGCAGCUUGCUCACAUCGCCACCGGACCCCAGAGUCCCCUCCUGCAGGCCGGUCCUCGCGGCAGCUCUCCUUCGGUUUGCAUCACAACAGCCAGCAGCGAUCUACAUUCCUACGCUCGACCUCCUCCUCUGUUUCCCAGCGGCACCCCGUCGCCUCCCCGGGGCCGUGGCAGGCAGCGCCGGCACAGCAGGACGAGCAGUGAAUGUGGCUCUGCGGUGUCAACCAGGUCAUCUUUGUCCGAUGACGAAGACAUGGGUUGGAGCUUCUCCUGGCCUCCUACAGCCUGGCACUGUUUUCUCAAAGGUACUCAUCUGCGUUUUCACAGUGGCUCCAACGUGGAGUGGCAGGAUGUUGAGGACCUGGACUCUGCUGAGGAAGACUCUGGUGAUGAGGAACAAGCCAGAUCUCUGAAGACAUUUGGCUCUGAGGGUCUGAAGCUGACAAAGCAUUCAGAGAUUGUGUCAUCUGGUCAGGCUGUCCUACAGCUAAACUUUGACCCCGGGGCAUUCGGAUAUGCCACGAUGACCGUUCAAUGCCAGCUGGACCACCCCUUCUAUGUCAAAAACAAAGGGUGGUCAUCAUUUUACCCAAGCCUGACCGUGGUGCAUUUUGGGAUACCAUGCUCUGAAAUGGAAGUGGGGGAUGUAUGUCUGCCUCCGGGACACAGAGAUGCUAAACACUCCGACGACUCAGCGGUCUUUGACACAUUCAGGAGUUAUGAUUUCACUCCUCUGGACUCGUCUGCAGUUUAUGUCUUGAGCAGCAUGGCCAGGAGGCGGCACGCCUCCCAGUCCAGCAGUGGAGCUGCUUCUCCAGUCAGAGACACCUUGCAAAGCGCACACAGUUCCAGCCGUUCUCACUCUUCUUAUCGAAAGCCGUCGAAAGCCCAGCAGGACGGCACACCAGGAAGCACCCAUGCCACGGCCAAUAGGUGCAAGCGGCCUAUGAACGCCUUCAUGCUGUUUGCAAAGAAGUUCAGGGUGGAGUACACGCAGAUGUACCCAGGCAAAGACAACAGAGCAAUCAGCGUCCUCCUUGGUGAGAGGUGGAAGAAAAUGCGGAGUGAGGAGCGACGAGUAUUCACCCUCCAGGCCAAAGCCCUCGCAGAUGAACAGAAAAGACUCAACCCAGACUGCUGGAAACGCAAACGAACAAAUUCCGGCUGUCAGGGGAAUUAAGGCUACAGAAAUAAACAGAGCCAGCUGAUGGAUGAGGAAAGUUGAACUACAGUAUUUGCAAUCUAAUAUUUUUGCGUUAGUACAUCAUGUUGUGACAAAGCUUGUUAUUCUUGCCGAGUGGAAGCAGACUAGUGGGUUUUUAUCUGCGGAGUCCAUCUCCACGAGUGAUUGGAAGCAAAAAAGAUGAUGACUAUUAUCAUAAAGGUGGAGGUUGUGGUGCUGUAGUGUUUCAGACAGAGAAUAUUUACCCGAAACUAUCUACUAUAAAAUAAGAAAUAUAUAUAUAAUAAAGGUAUACUAAGGUUGCCUGUAAUACUUAUAUUUGCAUCUGCAUUGCACAAGAUGCCACAUUUUCACUUUGCCUUCUUCUAAUUUAUUAUGUCAUAUUUUGAUUUUAAACAAAUGUACAGCAUACAUUUUAAAAUAGGGACACAGGUUGUGAGGUGACUCCAUUAGGUUUUCUCACCAUGCUUGCUACAGUGUGUCAGCCAUUGUAGUACCUGUACUACAUACUUUAAAUAUUUUUGUGUAUUAUUGCAAAAGAUGCUGUGACAAUAUGUUGUUACUUUAGAUUCUAAUAUUUCUGCGUGCCAUGACAUCAUUUACAUAACCAAUGUAAUAGAAUCAUAAACAUUACACAGUAAUACAGUAAUAAGGGGAAGCUUCUUGAGCAUUCAUAUUGAUGCAGCUUUAUGUAAGGGAAUGACCAAUGGGUUAACUUGAGCCUGUAGAAGUUUAGAACCCAUUCUUUAGUCACGUUUUAAACAUGUUGUGACAAAUGAUAAAAAAGUGCAGGGUAAAACUAAUUAAAAAGAUGUGGACGGAUAAAAGUGCUUAUUCAAUAGAUGCUUGAAUAUUUUCUUUUACAGUAGAAUGUGGUCCAGGGUGCAUGUCCAAGGGAGAAUACACUCCCGGCUUAAAGGAAUGUUACUAUAUAAAACGUCUUACAUUCAUGGUCAUUUAGAAAUAAUUGUAUUUCAUACAGUACUUUACAUAAAAAAAACGCCUGAAAAGCAACAUUAGGUGCAUAAAUGACACCUAAAUAGAUGUGAAGCCUGUAAAAAGUUAACAGGAUUCUACUAAACUUUAUAUGGCAAUUUUACUGUUUGCAUGACAAGGUUUAUUCUAAAUGCACUAUAUACACUUUAUCUUAUGUGACUGCUACAGUGCAGUAUGUUGUAAUGACAUUAAUGAUGAUGAUAAUACAGAAAUAUAUAUUUUUUGAUUUUGAUCUUUA